GAGGCGGGUUUGGCUCGGCCACUCCAAGGCCAAAGCGAGGAAAGCGUACUGCGCACGCGCAAUAGACAGCCGAAGGAGCCACCGAUGGAGCCGUCCGGAGGGGAGCAAGAGCCCGGAGCCGUCAGGCUCCUGGACCUGCCCUGGGAAGACGUGCUGCUCCCUCACGUCCUGAACCGGGUACCGCUGCGCCAGCUGCUCCGGCUGCAGCGCGUUAGCCGGGCCUUCCGGGCACUGGUACAGCUUCACCUGGCCGGGCUGCGUCGCUUCGACGCCGCGCAGGUGGGUCCGCAGAUCCCACGGGCCGCAUUGGCCCGGCUGCUGCGGGACGCCGAGGGGCUGCAGGAGCUGGCGCUAGCGCCGUGUCACGAAUGGCUGUCAGACGAGGAUCUGGUGCCGGUGCUAGCGCGGAACCCGCAGCUGCGGAGUGUGGCGCUGGCCGGCUGCGGGCAACUGAGUCGCCGGGCGCUUGGGGCGCUGGCCGAGGGCUGCCCACGCCUGCAGCGCCUGUCGCUCGCGCACUGUGACUGGGUGGACGGGCUGGCGCUGCGCGGCCUCGCCGACCGCUGCCCGGCCCUGGAGGAGCUGGACCUCACCGCCUGCCGCCAGCUCAAGGACGAGGCCAUCGUGUACCUAGCGCAGAGGCGCGGCGCUGGCCUCCGCAGCCUCUCGCUGGCCGUCAACGCCAACGUGGGGGACACCGCGGUUCAAGAGUUGGCUCGGAACUGCCCAGAACUCCAGCACCUUGACCUCACCGGCUGCCUCCGCGUCGGAAGCGACGGUGUCAGGACACUGGCCGAGUAUUGCCCGGCGCUGCGCUCGCUGCGAGUGCGGCACUGCCACCAUGUGGCCGAGUCCAGCCUGAGCCGCUUGCGGAAACGCGGCGUGGACAUCGACGUGGAGCCGCCGCUGCACCAGGCCUUGGUGCUGCUGCAGGAUAUGGCGGGCUUCGCACCUUUUGUCAACCUGCAGGUCUGACUCUGCCAAUCGGAGCACAGCUGGACUGUGUGGCUGGGGCCUGACACUGAGCGGUAGGGAAACCGAACCGUGGGGUCCUCUGGUGAGAGGCCAGUGCCCUGCCCCACCCUGGAGCUUCAAAUAAAGAGCUUUUCACCCCC